AUGUCAAAUAAACGUGUUGAAUCAGAUGCAUUUGGUCAAAUAGAAGUUCCAUCAAAUAAAUAUUGGGGAGCUCAAACUCAAAGAUCACUUACUAAUUUUGAAAUUGGUAAUAUAACAAUGCCAUUAUCAAUAAUAAAAUCAUUUGGAAUAUUAAAAAAAUCAGCAGCUAUAGUUAAUCAAGAAUUAGGUAAAUUAUCAAUUGAAAAAUCCACGGCUAUACAACAAGCAGCUAAUGAAGUUAUUAAUGGUAAAUUUAAUGAUAAUUUUCCAUUAGUGAUUUAUCAAACUGGAUCAGGUACACAAUCUAAUAUGAAUGCUAAUGAAGUUAUAUCAAAUAGAGCUAUUGAAAUAUUAGGUGGUAAAAUGGGAAGUAAAAAACCAAUACAUCCAAAUGAUGAUGUUAAUAUGUCACAAUCUUCAAAUGAUACUUUUCCCACAGUGAUGCAUAUUGCAGCAGUUAUGGAAAUUUCCCAUAAAUUAAUACCAAAUUUAAUAGAUUUGAAAAAUGCAUUUGAAUUAAAAAGUAAUGAAUUUAAAGAUAUAAUUAAAAUUGGUAGAACUCAUUUACAAGAUGCUACUCCUUUAACAUUAGGUCAAGAAUUUUCAGGUUAUGUUCAACAAAUUGAAUUUGGAAUUGAAAGAAUUCAAUCAUCAUUAAAAAAAUUAUCAUAUUUAGCUCAAGGUGGUACAGCAGUAGGUACAGGUUUAAAUUCCCCCAAGGGAUUCGAUGUUAAAAUAGCACAAGAAGUUUUCAAAUUAACAGGAUUACAUUUUGAAACAUCACCAAAUAAAUUCGAAGCAUUAGCAGCUCAUGAUGCAUUUGUUGAAUGUUCAGGUAUGUUAAAUACAUUAGCAACUUCAUUAUUUAAAAUUUCAAAUGAUAUAAGAUAUUUAGGAAGUGGUCCAAGAUGUGGAUAUGGAGAAUUAUCAUUACCUGAAAAUGAACCUGGAUCUUCAAUAAUGCCAGGAAAAGUUAAUCCUACUCAAUGUGAAGCAAUGACGAUGGUUUGUGUACAAGUAAUGGGGAACAAUUCAACUAUAACAUUUGCUAAUGCAUCAGGACAAUUUGAAUUAAAUGUAUUUAAACCAGUUAUUGCAUAUAAUUUAUUAAAUUCAAUUCAAUUAUUAGCUGAUGCAUCAAAAUCAUUUAGAUUACAUUGUGUUGAAGGAAUAAUAGCUAAUAAAGAUAAAAUUAAUAAAGUAUUGAAUGAAUCAUUGAUGUUGGUUACUGCUUUAAAUCCUUAUAUAGGGUAUGAUAAUGCUUCUAAAAUUGCUAAAAAUGCUCAUAAAAAGGGAAUAACUUUAAAAGAAUCGGCUUUGGAAUUGGGGAUUUUAAAUUCAGAGGAAUUUGAUAAAUAUGUACGUCCUGAAAAAAUGUUAGGUCCUACUUAA